AUGGCUACCGAGUCUCGAACUCAUAUUGACUACACUGUGGGAUGGGUUUGCGCGCUGCCUAAGGAGUUGAUUGCUGCAGCGGCAAUGCUCGAUGAAACACACCAAGACCUCCCCAGGCAACCUAAUGACCAUAAUUCUUAUACUCUCGGGCGUGUGGGUGUGCAUAAUGUUAUAGUGGCAUGUUUGCCAAAAGGUGAAAUUGGAAACAAUAAUGCAGCAACAGUGGCAGCUCGGAUGACCUCUACUUUCCCAUCGAUCAAAUUUGGCCUGAUGGUCGGUAUCGGUGGCGGAGUACCGAAGUCUGUCAGGUUAGGGGAUGUGGUAGUCAGCACCCCCACAGACGAGUUCGGUGGAGUAGUACAGUGGGAUUUUGGGAAAGUUCAACAAGAGGGCACUUUCAAACGCACAGGAGCGUUGAACUGUCCUCCUACAGAGCUACUCUCUGCGCUGACGAAAAUCGAGAAGGAGCAUACAAUGCAAGGUUCUAAGAUACUGCAGUAUCUUAAGGAUCUGGAGACCAACUGGCCAGACUUGCGCCGAAAUUGCAAACAUAUUGAGAGCAUCAACACUGAGGAGAUCCAAGAGCAAUACAAUGAUGAAGAAGAUGAAGAAGAUGAAGAGGAGGAAGAGGAAGAAGAGGGGAAUUAUUGCAUUCACUGUGAUCAAACCAAAAUUGUCCGCAGAAAACCGCGGGACAUGCGCGUGCAUUAUGGCCUUAUUGCAUCUGGCAACUGGGUGAUCAAAGAUGCGCUGUUUCGGGACAAGAUCAACAAGACACUUGGCGGCAAAGUUCUCUGCCUUGAGAUGGAGGCAGCAGGUCUGAUGAAUGACUUCCCAUGCCUUGUCAUCCGAGGUAUUUGUGAUUAUGCAGAUGCACAUAAGAAUAAGAACUGGCAGGAACAUGCAGCAGCUGUUGCAGCAGCAUUUGCCAAGGAGCUUCUCUUGUUGGGGCGGAGCCAAUCAGGGGGCGAAAAAUUCGAGGAAGGCACAGUGGGGGUCUCCUGA